AUGUCCGGUUCACAUCGUCUUCGAACUGCUACAGCUAAUUCUGACAUUGAUGGAAUUAUAUUAGUUCCAUUUAAAUUUUAUUGGGAGUCACAAUUUGUUUUAGACUUUUUUGGGGAUUUUGAUUGUAUUGAGAAAAAAUGUGUUAACAAUUUAAAAGAAAAUGUGGUAUUAGUACAGGGAAUGGAAAAUGGAGAUAAUUCUCUGUUUUGUAAAUUAUGCGAGCAUCCAUCUGUUGAAAAUAUUAAAAGAAUUUUUGGGCGAGUUCCAAUUAUUGGAUUGAAAUUUGGAGGUUUUGAGUUUGAUCUACUUUUUGUGACACCUAAAGCAAAUAUAAUAAAUAAAUAUUUUAAAGAGGAAAAUUCGUUAACUGUGACACAAGUGGAUGAGGCUAUAAAAGAAUUAAGCCAAAAUAUUAGAGAUAUUGAUAGAUUAUCUCCGAAACGUAGAGGAAUGAUUUUGGCUCUUUCUGGUAAUAUAACGAUAAAAUACUAUUUAGAAAUAAAAUUUCGGGAUUAA